UGUAAAUCCACAAACUUGACAGAACCGACAAAGUGUGAGGUUACAUUCACCAAAUCGUUUUUUCCACAACAAUAACAACAAAAAUGGCUCAAUUAGGCCGCUUCGCCCUCAACCGCCUCAUUCUAACCUCGCGCAAACACGUAACCCCCACCAAACUCAACGCUAUCCGCAACUUCCAAAAAAAUCACGAUGUAUUUUUCCUGCGGUGCACGAGCAGCACCACGAGCGCCGCCCCCAAGGACGAUGACUACCACACGAUUAUCAAGGACACGGAAAAACCGACCGGAGCGCCCACCAAACACGAGUUUCAGGCAGAAACACGCAUGUUGCUGGAUAUAGUAGCGAGGUCUCUGUACUCGGAUAAGGAGGUUUUCGUGAGGGAGUUGAUCUCGAACUCGAGCGACGCGUUGGAGAAAUUUAGGUUUUUGACGCUGUCGGAGGACGAUGCGGUGCGGCAGAAGUUGAAAGAACCGAACCGGGUGCUGGAAAUUCACAUCUCUACGGAUAAGCAGAACAGGACUCUCACUAUACAAGAUACGGGUAUUGGUAUGUCCCGGGACGAAUUAGUUGCAAAUCUUGGAGUUAUAGCGCGUUCUGGCUCAAAAGCGUUUUUGGAAGAAUUAAAGAAGAAAAAAGAUUUAAUGACGGAUGCUAGCGGCAACAUUAUUGGACAGUUUGGCGUCGGGUUUUACAGUGUGUUCAUGGUCGCUGAUAAGGUGGACGUCUACACAAGAUCGUCCAUGGAAGAUCAAGGCUAUAAAUGGAGUUCUGAUGGAACCGGGUCGUAUGAAAUCCAAGAAGCUGAAGGUGUUCAAUGUGGCACUAAAAUAGUUCUACAUUUAAAAAUCGACAGUCGAGAAUUCUGCGACGAUACGACUGUAGAGAGUGUUAUUAAUAAAUAUAGCAAUUUUAUUGGAAGCCCGAUUUACUUAAACGGAAAAAAAGCCAAUAUUGUUAAGCCCGUUUGGCUUUCUGACCCCAAAACUGUAACUCUGCAACAACAUAACGAAUUUUAUAGGUUCGUCAGCGGUAGCUACGAUGUUCCUAGAUAUAUUUUACAUUAUAACACGGAUGUACCUUUAUCAAUACACGCGUUAUUGUAUUUUCCGGAAGGCAAGCCCGGGUUGUUUGAAAUGUCACGCGAAGUCGAAUCAGGGGUUGCCCUCUACACCCGUAAAGUCCUAAUCAAAAAUAAAACCGACAACAUCCUUCCAAAGUGGUUACGCUUUGUUAAAGGAGUCGUCGAUUCAGAAGAUAUCCCCUUAAAUUUGAGCCGCGAGCUUUUACAAAAUAGUGCCCUAAUAAGAAAACUCAGAGACGUCUUAACAAGCAAAGUCGUCAAAUUCUUACUCGAACAACUAAACAAAAAACCCGAAGAUUACGAAAAGUUCUACGCCGACUAUGGUCUCUUCAUUAAAGAAGGCAUCAUCACCAACCCCGUCCAAUCAGAGAAGGAAGAUGCCGCCAAGCUGCUACUUUUCGAGUCUUCGCACAAAAACCAAGGCGAGAAAGUGUCUUUGAAUGACUACAUCGAGCGAGCGAAAGAGAGCAGGACGAUUUUUUACUUGGCUGCACCAAGUCGUAGCUUAGCGGAAGCUUCACCCUACUACGAAUCUCUCAAAAGCAAACAACAGGAAGUUCUUUUCUGUUAUGAACCCUACGACGAGCUAGUUUUAAUGCAGUUGCAACAAUUCAAAGGGUACAGGUUGGUUUCGGUUGAAAAAGACAUGAGGGACGACAAAAACGCCAAUGAUCUUAGCAAUUUGGGGGAAGACAGUUUGAAGAGGAGCGAAGUGAACGAACUGUCCGACUGGAUCAAGAAACAGCUGUCCGGAAAAGCGGUCGAAGUGAACGCUACGACGAGACUCGAAAAUCACCCUUGUGUGGUGACAGUUGAGGAGAUGGCCGCCGCCAGACAUUUCAUAAGGACGCAAAGCCAUCAGUUGUCGGAGGAUAGACGAUACGCGAUUUUGCAACCUAAGUUUGAGAUUAAUCCAAGGCACCCUAUUAUUAAGAAGUUGCAUAAAUUAAUGACCAGCGACCCGCAGUUGGCGGAACUUUUGGCUAAUCAGCUAUUUGCGAACUCCAUGGUGGGUGCUGGUCUGGUGGAAGACCCCCGGGUGCUCCUCACUUCCAUGAACGCCCUCCUGGCCAAAACACUAGAGAAACAUUAACUCCCCCCCAACCAGUGAUCAUUCCUAUUUUUUCUAAGUGAAUUUAGAUGUUGGUACAAUAGAUAAAAUUGCGUUGAUGGCCUGUGAGUAAAUGUGACAUUAAACCAUUAAUAAAGAGAGUAAAUAAGG